CUUUCUCUGACUAUGCUUCUUCCUCCUCCUAUUGAAUAUCAUGAGUUGUAUGACGUUGCGAUCCCUGAAUUACGCUAGAGCAGUACCCUCAUAAGGAUUCCGAUUUUCGAGAGGGCUCUCCGACACUUGGUGGUAUCCGCUGCCCGUACACGUCCCCUGACUUGACCCUGCUCCGCCUCCGGUUUCUGUGCCAAUAUCCACCUCUCUCCAGACACCGUGGUCAACGCGUCGGGUGCUGUUGGACUACUUUAGAACAAAUCGCCCCGGGGUUUGUCUGGAAUGGUCUGCGUCGACUGAGCAUGGUCGGGAUUGGACAGACAAUGUCUACCUCAAGCCAGCUGGGGUCGAAAUUCGGCACAGGAAACAACAGCCGGCCAUCCAGCAAAGAUGGACCGAAGAAGAACAUUUGGUCUUCUAUGCUGGAUAGUGUCGCGAAUGGGAAACGGUUGCCUGAAAAGAACCUCUUAAUCCUAGGAGGUACACCCGAGAGCCAGAGAGAAUUUCUAGAAGCAUUUUCUGCAGAUACAUCAGAUCCUAGUUUAUCGAAUGAGAAGCGGAAGGGGAAGCUUCCGCCGAUUGCCAACCAGUUUGCUUUAGGAUACACUUAUCAGGAUGUGUUGGAUGCGGACCAGGAAGAUACAUUGGCGCGCGUCUCUGCAUAUUUACUCUCCGAGCCUUCGCUAUCUUUUGCGCCUCUCCUAAAACCGCUCCUGACACCUCAGUCCAUCCCAGAAACAUUGGUUGUGGUUCUUCUUGACUGGUCAGAUCCCUGGACGUGGGUCAGACGGCUUAGAGAAUGGGUCCGCCUCCUACGCCACGUCCUGAUCUCGCUUGAUGACGAAACGAAGAUUGUGAUGGAAGAAAAUAUGACCGAGUGGAGGGACCGGAAAAGGGGCGUGGACUCUGCUUCUACGGGAUCGCAAGCGCUAACUAGCUCCGGUGGCCCUGUCACGAUACCUCUCGGACCUGGUGAAUGGGAUGAAGGAUUGGGAAUUCCUCUCUGUGUCGUCUGCCAAGGGGCCGAUAAAAUUGAAAAGUUGGAGAAAGAUCACGGCUGGCAUGAGGAAGAGUUCGACUUCAUUCUCCAGUUUUUGCGAACAAUUCUACUUAAACACGGUUCUUCUCUUAUCUAUACCACACCAUUUCUCGCCAACUCUCUUCAAAGUUUACUACACUCUUCCCUUGGCAUACACUCUCUACUGAAAAGACAGUCACUCAAACACAAUGUGAUCGACCGCGACAAGAUCCUUGUCCCCACGAACUGGGACUCGUGGGGUAAAAUUCGGAUUAUUCGAGAAGGAUUCGAUAUGGAAGGCAUAUCGACAGCUUGGUCUAUUGAAAUUCAGGACCUUCCCGAGCCACUUGCGAAUGGUGUAAACGAAGAAACGCCCAAGGAGGGUGUUUCAGCAGCGGAAGAUGGAACAAGCGCAGUUGUGAUUUAUGAGCAAACCAUUAAAGACCCUAAGAGAGACAAUUCAACGGCACAGCCAGGAAGCCAGCAAGGCGGAAAUAAGGUCGAAGUCGAAACUUCUGAUAUGCAAGGUUUUCUAACUAAGCAGCUGGAGGUUCUGGAGCAACUGAAGAUCGAGGAUGAGAAAGACCGUGCGGUGAAGAAGAUGCCUCAGCUGGAAAUGUCUCCUUUGGAAGAUAAUGGGCGGGUUAAUGAACACAUUGGCCCUGUGCAAUUCAACAUGGGAGGAAUCCAAGUUGAUGCCGACGACAUGCUGCGGAAGCUAAAGGAACGAGAGGCCAAUCGGUCCCAGAGAAAGGAGAUUGUUUCUUCACCCGGUGAUGAGAAAGCACACAAUCAGGCACUGGCCAACUUCUUUGCAGGUUUAGUCAAAAAACCUGGAGGGAGCCCUCGUGGCAGCCCGUCGGUGUAAAUGCGUGAUGUGAUGUGAUGCUACCCGAGCAAUUCUUCACUUCUAUCUACGCAUCGCUUUAUCUCCCCUGUCCUAUGUCUGGGAUUGCACAAGGAGGCCUCGUUGAUUUCUUUCCCUUUUUGUUUCUUUUCCUUUCCAUCGCUUCCUUAAUACCCACCGUUGACAUCCAUCUAUCUGGCUUUGGAUACCUUAUUGUCCAUCCUAUUCAGCCCAUCUGUUCAAGAGGACCAUCAAAGGAACAAUGCGAUGGCGAUACUCGUACACUCCAUUCGUUCAGUACAUACUACAUACCCCUAUUUCACUUUUGAUUAUGGUUAGCGUAGAUACCUUUUUCUAGUAUAUUUUCAAUGGGGAGGGGGGUUGUUGAUAGCUAUGUGAUAUAAAGACUGUCUUAGCACCAUUAUCUACUUAAAUAAUCAUAUCAUCAUCAUUACAAGC